CUGAUCUGGUAUUCCGUGAUACACUUCCACAGAAAUGACAGUAGGGUAAAGUCAAGCGUAAACACUGAUACAAUCCGAAACACAACACAACCCUUCACAACACUUCAACACGACAAGAGUAAACACAUUUCUUAGAGGGAGAGAGAGAGAGAGAGAGGAUGUGGAGGUCGGUGGUGGUGGCAAGAGGUGCUGUGUCGUCCAGACAAGGUGGAGCAGUAUGGAGGAGGUUCUAUGCAACUCAAAACCCGAAACACAAGGUACCUGCUUCUUCAUCUUCUAUAACUCGAACUCAAACACAAACUGAGUCUCAAUUUCCUGUUUUCUCAACAAUUUGGGGUUUUCCCAAAAGAUCAUUUAUUUGCCAAAACCCCAGGUUCUAUUCUGAGGACUCCUCAGUGGGUUUUGUUGAAAAUGGUGAUACCCAGUUGGAGAAUUCUGAGAUUCAUGGGGUUUCUGAGCAAGGGUUAGUUGGUAUUGAUGAAAAUAGGGAUACCCAGUUGGAUAGUUUUGUCCCUGGGGAUGGGGAUGAGAUUUUUGGGUUCUCAGACCAAUCUGGGGAGGAAAAUGGGGAUGAAGAGGAGGAGGUUUAUGUGAUUAAUGUGGAGCAGUUGGAGAAUGUGUUGUCUUUAUUGCAGAGUAGUGUUGAUGGGUCUUUAGAGUCAGCUCUUGAUGACAUGGGUUUGACUCUACAUGAGGAGUUUGUGGUGAAAGUUCUGGAAACCCCACUUGUUUUGGGUGAGAAUUUGAUUAGGUUUUUCAAGUGGGGUUUAAAGAAGAAAUCUGAGUUUAAGGUGACUACCUGUGUGGUGGAUGCGCUUGUGCGGGCAAUUUCUCGUGAACUUAAGAAGAAAGAUGCAUAUGCUUUGUGGGAUUUGAUUAAGGAGAUAGGUGAGAAAGAAAAUGGUGUGUUGAAUGUGGAGAUUCUCAAUCAGUUGAUAGCUUUGUUAUCGAAAUUGGGAAAAGGGAAGGCAAGUUGGGAGGUAUUUAACAAGUUUGGGGAUUUUGGGUGUGUCCCAAAUGUUGAUACCUAUUAUUUCACAAUUGAAGCACUAUCUAGGCGAUCAAUGUAUGACUGGGCUUGGUCUGUUUGUGAAAAGAUGCUUGAUGAGGGAAGUUUGCCUGAGAAUGAGAAAGUGGGUAAGAUCAUAUCUUGGCUUUGUAAGGGGAGGAAGGCUAAGGAUGCCCAUUCGGUAUAUUUAUUUGCAAAGGAGAAGAACCAAAUUACUCCUCGAUCUUCUGUUAAUUUUUUGAUCAGUUCACUCUGUAGGGAGGAUGAAACUGUGAAAUUGGCUUUGGAGAUGUUGGAUGAUUUUUCAGGAGAAGCACGGAAAUAUGCAAUUAAGCCGUUUUCUACUGUCAUUCAUGGUUUGUGUAGGAUGAAAAAUGUCGAUGGGGCAAAACAGUUGCUUUCUAAGAUGAUCACAGAGGGUCCGCCCCCUGGAAAUGCAGUUUUCAAUUCAGUUAUCAGUGGAUAUUCCAAGGCUGGGGAUCUGGGAGAAGCUAUACAGAUUAAGAAGCUGAUGGAGAGUAGGGGAUUGAAACCGGAUGUGUACACUUAUACUGUCAUCAUGAGUGGUUACACAAAUGGUGGUCAGAUGGAGGAGGCUUGUAAACUCUUGUCAGAAGCUAAAAAGAAGCAUUCUAAACUGACCCCUGUGACUUACCAUACACUCAUUCGUGGGUAUUCUAAACUUGAAGAGUUUGACAAGGCUUUGAAGUUGUUGGCUGAGAUGAAGGAUUUUGGCGUUCAACCUAAUGUUGAUGAGUACAAUAAGUUGAUCCAAUCUCUUUGUCUAAAGGCUUUAGAUUGGGAAACAGCAGAGAAGCUGCUAGAGGAAAUGAAAGAGAAAGGAUUGCACCUCAAUGGAAUCACAAAGGGUCUCAUAAGAGCAGUCAAGGAGAUGGAAGAGGAGGAGCUAGUGCUGGGUUCAUAAGUGUGGAGGGCCGGGGGCCUAAAUUGUUUAGCUGGUUGUAGGAAGUAGAUGUGAUACAAAGACACCGAUGGGCCAGUUUUGUAGACUUCACACCCCCCCUUUUCAAUGACAUAAAGAGUGAAGCCUUGUGUAUGACUUCUUUGAAGGAUUGCAUUAUAUAUUCCUUCACAUCAGUCAGAUUGACAGAGAAGCUUCAUUUAUUUUUCUUUCUCUAUUAUUUCGUGUCAGUUUUUCACUUACAUUCUGUUAAGCAGCCGUCUUAUCCAAGUGAGGGAUAUGCAUUCUACAGACUGUAGAAACAAUGGUUUUGGUUGCAGCAAUGCAAAUGUCAAGUUUUGUUUAAUUUA